CGCAGUCGCGGUAUCGAUAUAGAAUUGUUCGCGACGUGGUCUGUUGAGUAGUCGCGCGUAAUCGCCGGUUGUUUUCUUACAAUUAACGUGUUCGAGCGAUACACAUUUCCUGUUUCGAUCGAUCAUUUCGUGCUUCAGAAAUAGAAUUAAAUUGUCAAAUUUUUCGAGAUUAAAUUUUUUGUAGAAUAUUUAAUACGUUGACAAGCAGUAUUCUAGUUACGUUCCAACACAUACAUAUAAAUUACAUAUGGGCUGGUAAACGUCGUGCUGUCGUGCCGUAUGAUAGUGUCAGUGUUGAGUACGCCUGUCAUUACUUGUGUGUUUUAUUGAAAUCAGGAGAACCAUCUUUUGACUAAUAUACGAAAUGUUUAGCUGGUUAAGCCGAGUAGAAAGCGGAAAACAGGAUCUCUUUGAAAAUGUUGCUGAUGGCCUUAAAAAAAUAUACAAGUCUAAAUUAUUACCACUUGAGCAGCAUUACCAAUUUCAAGAUUUUCAUUCGCCUCAACUUGAUGAUCCAGAUUUUGAUGCAAAACCCAUGAUCCUUUUGGUGGGUCAAUACUCUACUGGAAAAACUACUUUCAUCAAGUAUUUGCUAGAACGAGACUUUCCUGGAAUAAGAAUCGGACCUGAACCAACAACAGAUCGCUUCAUUGCAGUUAUGUACAAUGAGAAUGAGCGUGUGAUCCCUGGAAAUGCUUUAGUUGUUGAUCCAAACAAGCAGUUUCGUCCUCUUUCCAAAUUUGGGAAUGCUUUUCUUAAUAGAUUUCAAUGUUCUACUGUUGCAUCUCCUGUUCUGAAAGGCAUAUCUAUAGUCGAUACACCUGGUAUCCUAUCAGGCGAGAAACAAAGGGUUGACAGAGGUUAUGAUUUUACUGGUGUUAUGGAAUGGUUUGCUGAACGAGUAGAUAGGAUCAUUCUACUGUUUGACGCACAUAAGCUUGACAUCUCUGAUGAAUUCAGAAGAUUAAUCGAAGCAUUACGCGGUCAUGAUGAUAAAAUUAGAAUUGUACUCAAUAAAGCUGAUAUGAUCGAUCAUCAACAACUCAUGAGAGUAUAUGGAGCAUUGAUGUGGUCCUUGGGAAAAGUUUUACAAACUCCCGAAGUAGCUAGGGUAUAUAUUGGUUCAUUUUGGGAUCAACCUUUAAGAUAUGAUGUAAAUAAACGACUAUUCGAAGACGAGGAACAAGAUUUAUUCAAAGAUAUGCAAUCGUUACCUAGAAACGCGGCACUUAGAAAGCUCAACGACUUGAUUAAACGUGCACGGUUAGCAAAGGUGCAUGCUUAUAUAAUCAGUGCUUUAAGAAAAGAUAUGCCUAGUGUGUUCGGUAAAGAUACCAAAAAGAAAGAACUUAUCAAAAAUUUGGGCCAAAUUUAUGAUCAAAUACAAAGGGAACAACAAAUUUCACCUGGUGACUUUCCAGAUUUGAAAAAGAUGCAGGAGUCCUUAGCUCACCAUGAUUUUAGUAAAUUUAACACUUUGAAGCCUAAACUCUUAGAAGUAGUUGAUAAUAUGCUGGUUAAAGAUAUUGCCCAACUCAUGAGUAUGAUCCCUCAUGAAGAAAUCGGCACAACAUCAGAUUCACUUGUUAAAGGCGGUGCAUUCGAAGGCGUGGAAGAUCAAGUGAGUCCAUUCGGAUAUAAACGAGGUGAGGGUAUCGAUGCUGGCGCAGGUGAACCAGAAUGGAUUGUCAAUAAGGAAAGAUAUAAAUACAAUUUAAUGUUUGAAAAACUCGGUCCAUGUGAUGGAAAAAUCACAGGAGCAGCGGCAAAAUCGGAAAUGGUAAAAUCAAAAUUACCAAACAAUGUACUUGGCAGAAUUUGGAAGUUAUCUGAUAUCGACAAAGAUGGAUUUUUGGACUCCGAAGAAUUUGCUUUAGCAAUGCAUUUGAUUCAUGUAAAACUCGAAGGUUACGACCUACCUGCAGAAUUACCAGAUCAUUUGGUACCACCAUCGAAGCGAGAUACAUAAUUUAGCUUCAGUAUUGUAUUCAUCUUUUGUGUCAGUUUACUAAUAUGUUUGAUGUACAUAUGUUUGGUACAUAUUUGAUGCGCACAUUAUACGACUAUAUUUAUUAAUUCGCUAACACAGCAUCGCCAAACACAUCAAUCAAUGUUGCUAUAAUAUAUUUCUUAAAUAUUCGAAAGAGUACGCGAUAUUCACGUAUUUUUUUUCAAUAAAUAUCUUUAUAUCACACUCGGGUAUGCAUGGUUUUUGUCUAAUUAAAAUGUGAAAAUGUCAGAGACAAAAUAAAAAAAUACCGACAGUUUUUAUUAUAGAAAGGAAAAAGCAACAUAACAAAUCGGUUUUCUUUAAUUUAUAACACAAGUUAUCUUUCACAAAUUGCCUAUUCGGUAUUCUCAAAGUAUACUACGUACCCUUUCGAGCUAAGCUUUCUAUGUUUAAAACUUUUGGAUUUUUAAUAAUCUUUCAAAUCUAAAUUCUUCUUUUACCUCCUUUAAUAUCACGUCAAAAAUUAACGUUAGAUUACUACGCAAUAAAACGUUACAAUAAUUUGGAUAUAUUCAACAAACUACAUAUAAACACUUAACGAGUGAACGAACGAGCGAAUGAAUGAAUGAAUGUGUAUUUGUACACGUGUGUGUAAUAUAUUUCUCUCCUGUUCGAAUACAGUUGUUGAUAACAAUAUUAUUGUUAUUGUUAUUAUUACUAUUAUUAUUAUCGUUAUCUUUUAAAAAAAGUGCUUAAGUUCAUUGCCGCUCUAUAUAUAUAUAUUACAUAUAAUAACAUAUAUUAUAUAUAAUAUAUAAAUAAUCAACUUUAAUUUUCUAAAUAUAUAUAGAACAGGAAAAAUGUAUAAGAAUAUAGAUUAUGUAUUUCCUAAUCAUAUAGCUACGCGUACAAAAAGUACGCGAUAAAGCAAAUGCAAUAUUUAUUUAACAAACAUGUUAAUCUGUAAUCAAACACAAACUCGAGUACUAUUCUAUAGUGUAAACACAAAGUUCCAUGAAAAUGAAGCGUGAGAUAUGUAACAAUGAAACAUACAUACCUAGAAAAAUGUAUAAUAUUGAAUCAUUUUAUACACGUUUCAACGUUUUACUUAUUCUUCACUUGUGCAAUAUGUGCUUUUGGUAAAGAUUACAGAUUUUAAUAUAAAUGUAAUAUCAUUAUGUGCAAUCGAACAAUAAUAUAAGUAUGUUAUAUUUUUAAAAAGAGAAAGUAUUUAAAUAAAUUUUUUAAUAGAUCAUAUUUAACUAAUUUGAUGGUGUAACAUGUGAAAUAGUAAUAUUUCGAGAAAUUAAAUAAUGUUCUUUGUUAGCACUGCCACCGCGUUUAAUGCAUCUUUUUCUGUAGUAUUUAAAAGAAAUAUUCUCAUCCGAUAUCUUUCUUGUACUUUACGACAAAAUGAUAUUAAUGGAAAGAAAAUUAUUUUUUAUAAUAUUCUGCAUGACAAAAUAAAUAUGUAUAAUCGACUAAAAAUA